CAGCAGCACCACCUGCUCAGAUUACGAUGGAGAUAAAUUAUCACAUUUCAUACCCUCUUUUUUCUUAUUACAAUAUUACCCCCACCGAAAGAAAUGCAGAAGCAACAAAGCCAAUUACAGUAUUUCUUUGGAUUUUGUCUCCAGAAAUUGCUUCCUCCAUUUGAAGAACAGAGAAAAUGGACGCUUUCACAUCAGUGACACACCCCAGUUCACGCUCUUCAGCUUUCCUGGGGCAUAAUUUUCAGCCUAUAUCACAUAGCCAUUGUUCAGUCGCGGUAAAGGAAGAAGCAGUAACCUGGCGCUUAACUGCGGCGAGAUACGCGAGUUCCCCAAAGAGGCGGCGAUCUUUGACCUAUUUUCCUGCUCCUCGCCUUGCGAUUAGAGGCGCAGCAACCAAACCUUCCAAAUCACCAGCUGAAGAAGACUGGUCGAUUAAGAGAGCAAAACUGGUGGAGAAAAGAGUGAGGAGCGUAGAUCCAAAGGAAGCAUUGAGACUUCAAAACGAAAACAGCUUUGUGAUUCUUGAUGUGCGGCCAGAAGCAGAGUUCAAUGAGGCUCACCCACCAGGAGCUAUCAAUGUGGAAAUAUAUAGGCUGAUAAAGGAAUGGACAGCUUGGGACAUUGCAAGAAGAGCAGCAUUUGCCUUUUUCGGCAUAUUCCAAGGAACAGAAGAAAAUCCCAACUUUCUUCAGACUGUGGAAUCUAAGUUAGAUAAGGAUGCAAAAAUCAUUGUGGCUUGCUCAUCUGGAGGUACAAUGAAGCCAUCUCAAAAUCUCCCAGAAGGCCAGCAGUCAAGGUCACUAAUUGCGGCCUACUUGCUGGUUCUCAAAGGUUAUACCAAAGUUUACCAUUUGGAUGGAGGGCUCUAUGCCUGGUUUAAGGAAGGAUUGCCAGCAGUCUCUAAAGAAUGAAGCCAGAAACUUUUCUAGUCUUAGCAGACAAACUUUCAUUUUAAGAUCAUGCUAGUGUUAUGUUUUUUGUAUAGAGCUGUUUUUGAAAAACAUAUCAUAUUGACAAGCAAUAAUUUUUUACCUACCAAGAAACGUGUGUUCUUGCACCAACUGGCAGAAGGGGUCUUCAAAAAAUCGAUUUUAAAUCCAUAUUAGUAAAACUAG